UAUUCAUUCCGGCGGCCAGGCGGAGCACGUGGAGGAGGCAGAGCGCGCCCGCGCAUCGGCCAGCGGCUGGGGCACGGCGCCUGGAGGCCGGCACGGACGCACAGCGCCUCGCCUAGAAGACCAGAACAUUGAGAUCUUUUUUUUUCUCCCGCUCCUACGCCUGAUGAACCUUCCGUUGAACUUGGACAAUAAUCAGGGAGUGUAGUGCAGGUACAGCCUGAAACUUGGACAACAUCAAGAGCUAGUAAUACGGGGAUGAACCGACUCGGCACUGGUUAGCGGGAGAGAGUACAAACGUUCUCGAACAGUCUCGUCAGCCGUCGUUCCGUUCGGUUCGAGUCCGCUUGCACAGGCGCGAGAUGGCCAGCCUCGAGCGGCCCCGCCGCCGCCCUCCGCCGGACCCCGCCGCCGUGCUCCGCGGCCACCGCGCCGCCGUCAAUGACGCCUGCUUCCAUCCCUCCCUCCCGCUCCUCUUCUCCGGCGCGGCCGACGGGGAGCUCAGGGCCUGGGACACCGCGAGCCACCGCACCGCCUCCUCAGUCUGGGCUCAUGGCGGGACGGCCGGGGUGUACUCGGUGGCUGCUGGUGCCGGACUGGGAAACAAGAUCAUCAGCCAGGGUAGGGAUGGAACUUGUAAAUGCUGGGUGAUUGAAGAAGCUGGCCUCUCACGGUAUGACUUCUUGUCCGUGCACUCUGCUAGAAGAUGGAACAAAAGUUUUGUUUGGACACAAUAUGCAGUGCCGCGGGAUGAAUUUUCUCAUCCAUUCUUUUUAACUUCUUCUAGGAGGCCCAUAUUAACAGUCAAAACAAGCACAUACCAUUUCUGUAAGAUGUCACUUGUAAAGUCUCCUUCUUUUACCCAUUCCGUGAGAUCGGGCUCAAGCUGUGAAACUAGUGAUGCAGAGCCACCAAGAGAAGCCACUGAAGAAAAUACAGAAUCUCAUGUUGUAAAUCCUACAGAAGGUCCCCAAGAGCAUGGAGAAGGCAUUACCUCUACUGGACAAAAUAUGAUGGCAAUUGCUGGUCAAGAAUCAUCCCAGGUUGAACUUUGGGACAUUACAAGUGCAAGGAAGAUAAUAAGCUUGCCACAAUCAUCAAGCGCUAAUACAAAAGAUCACCCUACUAAGCAAAAAGGACUCUGCAUGGCUGUGCAAGCUUUCAUCCCCUAUGAAUCUGCAGGCUAUGUGAAUAUUUUGUCAAGUUACGAAGAUGGAAGCACUCUCUGGUGGGAUGUACGAAAGCCUGGGUUACCUAUAUCUUCAGUGAAGUAUCAUUCAGAAUCAGCUUUAUCCAUUGCUAUCGAUGCGUCUUGCAAUGGUGGAAUCUCAGGAGGCGCUGAUGAUAAAGUAGUCAUUUUCACGCUUGAUCAUCCAAAGGGUGCAUUUACUCUUAGAAAAGAGAUAGAACUUGAGCGACCGGGUAUAGCUGGCACAACGAUUCGGCCAGACAACAAGAUCGCUGCAACCGCCGGUUGGGAUCACAGGAUUCGAGUGUAUAACUACAACAAAGGAAAUGCUCUAGCUGUGUUGAAGUAUCACAGUGAUUCGUGCAAUGCGGUGACUUUCUCAUCUGACUGCAAGCUGAUGGCUUCCUGCUCGACGGAUACCACGGUUGCAUUGUGGGAGCUCUAUCCCCCAAAACCCCAAAGCAAAUUAGACGCCGUGAAAUCGGAUGAGGUCUCCUGUUAAUUUAUUGGGACUUCAGUGCUGAAAAGUGGAUCAGUGGAUGUUACCUCUUUGUUUGUAUGAGGGAAAUAUUUGAGGGGUUUUUUUUUGCCCCGCUAAGCGCGAUGUUUCUGCCUACUGAAAUGUUCAUGCGGUGGGUGAAGUGAAAAUCUGAAGUUAUCGCAA